AUGGCCACCCACUUAUCUAUACUCAACUUGGAGUAUAGCUUCAUCAAUGAGCCCUCAGGCAUUCCGCUCUACCUGUCCAAUAUUGGCCUCUGGAAUGAAUAUCUCAGCGACCAAGGCACCUACAAGGUGAUGGACAAUUUCGCACCUAUUCACCAGAUGGCCACCACCAUCAACUCGCACCACCCCAGCGGAAACAACUUCAUCGAGGUCAGCAAGCCCCAGUUGAACAACCAGUUGAUCAGCCUCUCGUUGCACGGGUCUGCCAGCUACAUCAACAGCGCCAGGGCCCUGCUCCUCCAGGCAUACUCCCAGGUGCACUACAAGAGCAUCGCGAUUGCGAAGGACCAGUUUCUCGCCAUCAACCACAAGUUCACCAGCCACUUGUUAGAUAUUUGCAGGCAAUAUCGGGUGGAGAUGAUCAUCAACAACCACAGCGUGGACGGCGCGGCGUCUGGCUACUACAUCCACAUUUUUGGCGACCAAGACGGCAUCACCAUGGCCGAGCCCUCCAUGCGCAUCGUCAUUAGUUCCGUGUUGGACCGCGAGCUCUUGGAGUGUGUCGAGGUCGACUUGUCGAUGAUUCCGUUGAUUGGAGGCAUCGACUUGUUCAACUUCAACCAGAUCGCCAAGCAGACCGACUCCAACGUGUACAUUCCCGACCUCUUGCCCAACUUGUUCAACUCGAACGUAUUGCAGUCCACCGCCAACUUGAAGAUGUGGAUCACCUCCAAAACGGUUCCCCAGUUGCUCUUGACCAAGUUCAUCGUCAACCAGUUGAUCCUGCACCAGGCAAGCUUGCCCAUCAUCACUAAAGAGAUCGACAUCUGCAAAAGCAAGCUCGAUGCAAUUGUUCUUUACAACCAGUCCGAGGUGUUGAACAUCAUGUUCAAGCACGGAGUCUUCAUCCAGAUGCCAAGCUUGGGGGAGCUCAAUCAGUACAAGCUUGUGGUCCAGGGAUCAAACCUAGAAUGUAUUAAUGAAGCCGUGAACGAAAUCAACCUUUUGACCUCAACAUAUUAUACCCUCACCCUUUCCAACACUGGCAAAGUCAACGAAGCAUACCUCUUCAGAUUGAUCCAAUUGAAGAAAACUUGCACGCUUACUGCCAACAAGCACGGUGUCGAAAUUAAUGGCCAAAGCCACGAACUCAAACAGAUCUUGAACCAAUUGUCCACCUCGAGUUCAGUGACAAAUUCGGGCACUGCCAGCUUGAGAUUGGAAUUGGACAUCACCCAGAGAGACUUCAUCAGUGGUAAGAAGAACGGGAAAUUGAUCAAGAUCUUGAACCAGUUGGGCCAGUUACCAAUCAUAAAGUUUAAGCCAUUCAACGAAUACAACUUCUUUAUUGACAUCGAGAUUCGUGAAGGCACCGAGUUGGCGGUUCUUCUUCAGGCCAUUGACUUGAUUGAAUUGGAAUUACCAUCCGAGUUGCAGUUCAACAUUCCAGAAGUGUUCCACAAGUCGAUUAUUGGAAAUGGUGGUUCUAUUAUCCAGUCAAUCAUGAAGAAGUACAACGUUUUCAUCAAGUUCUCUAGUAGCAAUGAGAGCGUGAGUGAUGGCUAUUCAUUCAAGAGAUACAACAACGUUUUAAUCAGAUGUCCAAGAAAGAACAGUAAGAAUAUCAACUUGGUCAAGUAUGAAAUUGAUCAAUUGGUGUAUCAAUGCUGGAACAAUGGCGCUGGAACCGGAAGCUUGAUGAGCUCCAACUCAACCAUAUACCAUACUGUCAAGUUCCAAUUGUUGAAGAGUCACUACCUAUUACUUGUCAACAACAACAAAUUGAAACAGAUCACAUCUUUGGAAUCGGCAUUCAAUUCGUUCAUCAACUUCCCAACCUCAAUCGAGAAUUUUGCUAAUAAGAAUGACCUUACUGUUGAAAUUAAAGGUUCCGAAUUGAAAUCUAAGCAAUGCUUCAAACAAUUAAGUACUAUAUUACCCAAGAACUACGAGUUCAAGAUCACUUUCAUGCCAGGCAAAUUCGAGGAAAACUUCAGCACCUUGAAUCAAUCCGAAUUCUUCAAUAGAAUCGUUAUUCCGUUCAAGAUCUUGUUGGGAAUCGAGAUGAUCGUGAACGAAGUCCCAAUUGUUAACGGCAAUUCUGGAGACUAUCAUCAGAUCAUUUUAAGUUACUUCAACGAAGAGCACUUGGAAGCAGGAAUUCGGGACUUGACCAUUUUCUUGAGGGAAAAGGGCUUUAUGAUUCUCGAAAAGAAACCUCUUGAAUUCGACCCAUUGAUCGAGUACGUUUCUGCCGAGCCAAGUCUGCCUGUUAAGCAGAAUGCGUUGGGUGCAAUCACCAAUCAAAUUGUCAAUUCUGGCGUAACUAAUGGUUACUCCAAGAAGGGAUCGCCCAAGAAGUCUCAUUCUCCCAGAAGAUCGCCUCGAAAGGAAUCGCCCAGGAAGCAUGUUCCUCCUCAAAGAUUGCUGUAUGGUGGGCUUUUGCAGGCAAGCCCCAUGAACAUGGUCCUUGAAGGAAAAGCAGGUCUCGGAGUCAACGCCAUGGACCAUGUUCCUAUUUUGCAUAGUUAG